AUGCAUGGGAUUGUUGAUAUGCCAGAUGACUACCUGCAAAAGGCAAAUACCAUAUCAAAGAAAGGCGCAUUUACCAUAAAACCCGCGCGGUCAGAACGAGACGUCCAGGCCACUACCAUUUUGAUCAAGGCCUAUACCGCAUCUCUUGGGAUUGACCUGGCCUUCCAAGGCUUCCAAGAUGAAAUGGCAUCGUUCCCGGGGAAGUACUCGCCUCCCGAUGGAGAGAUACUGCUCGCAAUUGACGAUAACUCUGGAGAAGUGCUGGGCUGCAUCUGUUUGAGACCCUUGGUACCCAAGAGCUUCUCGUCGGGCGACACAGGCACCUCCAUUCCAGGUACUAUGUCUGUUCACAGUGGGAAGCGAUAUUGUGAGAUGAAACGGCUAUAUGUACUUCCAUCUACUAGAGGUAGAGGCGUUGGCAAGGCGUUGGUCAUUGCUCUUCUGAAAGCAGCGAGAGAUAGAGGAUACGACGAAAUGAGACUCGAUACCCUUCAACACAUGCGUGCUCCCAUUGAGCUAUAUAGGGGGUUGGGGUUCAAGGAUAUUGAAAAAUAUUACGAGACGCCGCUAGACGAUACUGUAUUCUUGGGGUUGGAAUUAUAG